UCGGCGAACCUGAAAAUUUUGGUUUCAUGUCUUUGAGUUACAAAAACCCAACUUUUCUUCUCUACAGUAUUACUAAUCUCGAAAUUAAGCUCAUAUGUUAAUAGAACAAUGUCAUUAGGGCUUGUAGCAUAUGACAGUAGUGAUGAAGGUAGUGAAAACAGUGAUGUUGACGAGCAAAGCCGUCUCACUUCUUCAGAAUCUUCAACAAACCAAAGCAAACUUUCCCAGUCAAAAAUCAACACUGCAUCUGUCAGCACUGCUGGCCUUGGCAGUGUGCGUGAUGGAAGCAGUGGUCAUAGUGGUACACUUGAUAGAGGUACUGCACCAAUUCGAGGUGGAUGUGAGGAGAUCAAUGACAACCGUUCAGUAGCCAGUGGCGAUGGUGGCGGCGGUGUUUUGUCUGGCUUGUCAACGUUAUCGUCUCAUCAUGAAUGCAGGUCAGACCCAACACCAGCUUCAAUGAUAUCGAAGUCACAGCAAUCCAACAAUGGAAAUGAUGAUAUAUCUGAUGAAGAAGACUUUGUUUCCUCAACAACUGGGCCUGUAGGGCAGUUUUCGAAUCCUCUCUCUGGGCACAUAUCAGACGAGGAGGAUGUCGGUCCUGGUCCAGCCAAGUUCUCCAUCCUAGCAGGUUUACCAGCUCCAAAGAAUCAACUGUCAGAAGAUGUUGAUAUUUCGUUCUUUACGACUACAACAAGACCGAGGACAGCGGUAAAGACAAUACAAGAGACCACAGAAAGCUCUGCAACACUGCUGUCACUGGUGUCAGAAUUGCCUGCACCGAAAGCCAGUUCUGCAGUAACUCUAUCUGGAUAUGAAGAGGAAGACGAAGUUGAAGAAGAGUACAAAAAAAAGCCAGUCAAGGCAGAGAUUCCACUUCCAGUCCCAAAGAAAAGACAACCCGUCAAGAUAACAGUGCCAUCAUUAGCAGAGCUUGAUUCUGAUGAUGACGAUGGACCAAGGAAAAAGAAAGCAAGACCAGCUGGAGGGGGUCUUAGCGGAUUGCUGUCUAUGCUGCCCACUCCAAAACAAAUUGUGGUCAAAGAAAAAGGCAGGGCGCUGAUACCUCAUACUCUGACUAAAAGGCCAACACCAAAAGCUAGCAUUGCUAAACCACGAUCCACCGUUACACCUUCAACUUCUGCACAAGCAAAGAGGUUGCCAGGAGUACCUGAUCAUGCUGCCAGUGACAGUGAUGAAGACAGUGACUCUGUUAAAUUCUUCUCUUUUGGUGGUGAUGAACCUACAAGUACAGCUUCUACAAGCACAGACUUUCCUGAUGUUGUAAUGCGGACUAAUCCAAAGAGUUACCCCCAGGUCUCACUGAAACCUGUUUCAUUUUCUGGUGCUAAACCUGAUUCUACUUCUCCUAGUUCAACAGCCUCAUUUUUGUCACAUAUGGAUACAAAAGAAACGACUGUUUCUAGUUCUAUGGACAUAACAGCAUGUGAUAAUCUAACUGGACUUAGAGGACCCUAUAGUUCAGGAGCUGGUCAAUCAUCGGACUAUAGCCAGUUUGCGACUGGAAGUUAUUACAGUGAAGGAUAUGGCCAGCAUUCUGAAGCAGCAGCAGGAUUUUCAGGAGAGACUGCCGAGCACUAUGACAACAGUGGAUUAUAUCAACCAAGUGUAAAUCAGAUGGAGCAGAUGACAAGUGAUGAACAGUUCCAGAGAAUGGUUGGUAAGAAGUUCCGCGGUGAAGCUAUGCAUAUUGUUGAUGUCAAUGCGGAUGAUCAGAUGAGUAAGGAAGACCUCACCAAACACCUCACAGAAGAAGUUGCAGGAUUCUCGUACAGUAAAAAGAAAAAUAAGGACAUGCCAUCAUCAGUGCAGAAGAGGAAACACCAGAUCACUUAUCUGGCUUUCCAGGCUAAGGAGAGGGAAUUAGAAUUGAAGAACCAGUGGGCUCAGAACAGGCAGACAAAGCGCCAGACUCAAUCCAAAUAUGGAUUUUAACACUGGGCGAUCUUCAAAAUAGGCACUUGAAUUCUUCCUGAACAGGACUCAAGAACUUGCAUGUGCUCAUACACUACUGGACUAUUUGUGACACUUCUGAAGUGAUCUUGUACAAUGCUGCAGACUGAUGAACUGUUAUUAUAUGUGCU